AUGGGUUGACUGCUUAUCGAUAAAAAAAGGCCCUAUACGUUACAACAGUAUCUUCUUUUGUAAAGUGAGGUCCACAGUAGUGUGUCCAAUCAGCUGACAGUAUACAUUUAUCCUUCGGCAUGGACAGACUGCUUCAGGAAAAAAAGUCUGCAGGAUUUCGCUUUAUGGUGGAAAUGAAAAUGAUCCAUUCUGCAGCAAAAUGCGACGAUUAUGUCUGUCAGAGACCAUAUAUUCAAAUGAGCACGGCUUCCAACAGACUUGCAACUACGUCUGUUGGUUUGCACCCACAGAUCUAGGCUGAAAAUCGGUAAAAUUCUGGUUUUCUGAUCUCGGUUUUAAUCAAGCAGCCUCAUCGAAGAUAACCAAAAGAAACAAUAAGUAUCACCGGAAUAACCUUUUGGCAAAACGUCUGACUUUGUCUGAUUUACCCUCUCGGAUUAUUGGUUGAUUUGCCUGUUUUAUUGUCGUUGUGGAUCGUGUAGCGUGCUGCAAUGUCGUUUUUGCGAGAGAGCAGUAUGGAGGUGGACCCCCCAGCUACCAAUCAGUCUGGGGGACCAGGGACUUUGAAACGUUCCAAUAGCGCUCCUAUGAUCAACGUACUAGUGUCAUCGAUAGAACCUCACGUUCAACAGGAGUUUAGUCCACCCUCCUUUAGGUCUGAAGAAGCAACAAGGAUAAGAAGAUUCAGCUACAGCUCGAUGUGCCUUAACAGCCCUAGUGCUGUCUCUGCUCCAGUAAAGAUUCCUGAUCGAGUGAAUCGUCUCAAACUGGAAGAGAGUCACAUUGGGGAAAAGGAGAGGCAACAUGAAAAGGAAGUCAGCUCAGCCAUCAAGUUAUCAACAUCUUGGGAUGAACUCACCUUGGAUGACCAAGAACCGAUGGAACAGUUAAAACGACCUCGGUCCUUCAGCGAGUCACUUCACAUCUUCACCUCUCCGAGUGUACUAAUGCCUGGGGCACCAUCUCCUACACGAGUCGGAAAGCAAUGCUUCUCCCCCUCCAUGCAGAUUCCUGUUAAGAAUAUUUCCUUUACACCAAGCCCCAGUCCAAGUCCGACUCGCAAGACAUUCAUGAGGAGUAUGAGCCCGAUUGUUGUGAAUCGUCCUAGUCCUAUUGGGAAAAGGAAACUGGAUACGGAUCCAGAGAACUAUCUGAGUCCACCAAAAAGGUUCCACUCUGGUCCCAGUACACCAGACAGAAUCCUCCACCAUCCUCUCGCUCACAGCAGUAUAUCAUCUAGUAGUUUAGAGGCAGGAAGUCCUGACCAGACUGUACCACGAUGUGAGGGGAUGAACGAGGUGCCCACACAGAAUAGACUGCCACCACAUAUGUAUGGCUUCAUGCCGCUCCACGACUCGCAUGAAAUGCAGACGACAGACUCUGAAACAUCAGAUAUUGCUGAAUCAGCAGAUUUGUCUGACCACAAUCUAUCAUUAUCAGGAAGUCCGGGCAGUAGUCGUGGUUUCCAGCCUAUCAGACAACAACACACGCCCUUAUGACCCCGGUGUACUCCGAAAACUUUUUAAGACUACUAGUGGACCUCUUGCCUAUUUAUGCGGGAACUCCUUACAAGAGUACAUCAGUUCUGAUGUGAAAUGAAUGUCAACAGGCAGUGGACAAUGUGCUGGCGCAGCAUCGUGUUUAGGAUUGUUGAGCAUUGUGUCAGAUUUGGCAAAUGUUCGCUUUUGUCUGUGAUAAAAGAUUUGACUGCGAAGGGAGACAAUUCUGUAUGCAUAUAGUACAAGGGGAGACAACUUUGUUAUGCUUCCUGAAAUUUAAGAAAGGAGGCAGUAUUGUGUAAAUAUAUCUUGUUAUUGAUUUUGUGGUGCUCAUUGUUAUGUUGACGAAAUGUUGGUUUCUUACUCCAUUUAACAUGUAUAUAUAUCUGGGUUUGUUGUACAAGAGAUGCACCUGGGUCUGUCGUACAACAGAUGGACCUGUUACUGUAACAUGUAUAUAUAUCUGGGUCUGUCGUACAACAGAUGGACCUGGGUCUGUCGUACAACAGAUGGACCUGGGUCUGUCGUACAACAGAUGGACCUUUGUCUGUCGUACAACAGAUGGACCUAGGCCUGUAACAUGUAUAUAUAUCUGGGUCUGUCGCACAACAAAUGGACCUGGGUCUGUCGUACAACAGAUGGACCUAGGCCUGUAACAUGUAUAUAUAUCUCGGUCUGUCGUACAACAGAUGGACCUGGGUCUGUAACAUUUAUAUAUAUCUGGGUCGGUCAUACAACAGAUGGACCUGGGUCUGUCGUACAACAGAUGGACCUGGGUCUGUCGUACAACAAAUGGACCUAUGCCUGUAAUAUGUAUAUAUAUCUUGGUCUGUUGUACAACAGAUGGACCUGUUACUGUAACAUAUAUAUAUAUAUAUCUGGGUCUGUCGUACAACAGAUGGACCUGGGUCUGUCCUACAACAGAUGGACCUGGGUCUGUCGUACAACAGAUGAGCCUGGGUCUGUAACAUGUAUAUAUAUCUGGGUCUGUUGUACAACAGAUGGACCUGGGUCUGUCGUACAACAAAUGGACCUAUGCCUGUAACAUGUAUAUUUAUCUUGGUCUGUUGUACAACAGAUGGACCUGUUACUGUAACAUAUAUAUAUAUAUAUAUAUAUAUAUCUGGGUCUGUCGUACAACAGAUGGACCUGGGUCUGCAACAUGUAUAUUUACCUGGGUCUGUCGUACAACAGAUGGACCUAGGUCUGCAACAUGUAUAUAUAUCUGGGUCGGUCGUACAACAGAUGUACCUAGGCCUGGGUCUGUCGUACAACAGAUGGACCUAGGCUUGUUCUGUGUAAUAUUGAACUCCUGUAUGUUUUGGCCUGUACACACAGCAGUACAAGAUUCACCUCUUCAAUGUUAUGGUUACAGCCUAUAUUAUAGCUUGUCUGGUGAUGGGUACUACAAAUUUGAACAUCCCCAAGUAAUCAAAUAAUGCACAUUAGUUUACAAAUGGGAGUAUUUUACUUGCCUCCAACCCUGUCACAUAUUUUUCAAAUGUCCUUAUUUUAGACGCCUGUGUUCUAGAAAUUAAAGAUACAGAAUUUUCAAAUUCUAUCAAAAUAUCAAUGAAAUUUAUAUUGGUUUUCAAAAUAGGUUUAAAAGUAUAAAUUUUUUUGUCUAAUUAAAACUAAUAGCAUUAUUGUAUAAGACUUAAAUGUCAUCUGCAAAGUUAAUGAAAAACGAAAUCUUAAAAUUUGAUUUGUGCCUGAUCUUUGUGUACUAUAUUGGAUUGUAUUUGUUAAAUUUGAUGCAGUCACCUUAUAAGUGCGGAUUCAUGUGUACGAUUUAAGGUAGUAUUUCAUAUAAUUAUAGGUACAACAGGAGUUUCAACACCUCCUGGUGCCUGUACACAUUUAAUGUAAGUUUAAGAGAAUAACUACAGCAUUUUAUGAUUUACCUAUGAAUAGUUUACACCUGAAGACAGGGUUUCUAUUGAGCCUUAAGAAUUUACCUUAUUGAUUUGACCUCUGUCACCUUAAUAUUUGACCUGUUUGGUGAUGUGUACCAGUGGAUAGUGCUGCAGUGAUUUCUCAGGAAGUCUUAAUUCACUGUACACAUCUAGUGUUGGAGAUGAUGUUUGUAUAUAUUUAUAUGUAACCUAUGUGCAAUAACUAUCUAGACAGUCGUCGGUAUAUCGUUAUAUUGCGUCUUGCUACGAAGAUAAAUGUCUUUAGACUGGCUUAUGAACUGCACAGUUCAUUGUCAUUGAAAAAAUAUUUUUUUAUAUAUUGGAUUUGUGUUUAAAGCUGAAAUUACAUAAUUUUUUCAUUGUGAGCUUUUUUAUUUUAGGUAAGUUGGUAGAAAGACAACUUAGGAUACAUUCUACAAUAAGUUUGGGAUUAUAUUAGUAUUUGUCAGAGUAAUCCCCCUUGAAAUUUAUAGUAACCAAUGGUUAUAAGUUCAGAUUACAGAGGCCAACUCGAUUUGCAGUCUUUUCAGGAGAUCGCAUUCUGUUAUAUAUAAAUCAAGUAAACCGGAAGAACAUAACCCAAAACAAACAAGUUUUUAAAUUUUCUCAAACACUGACACAAACAUGUGCACGUAUGUGUGAUAAAUCCUUCUCUAGUGAAACUCGUCACUCGCACGCUUAUAUAUGGUCGCCGCCUUCUGGAAGAUAAAUCUUCCAACUUCAAGAGGGAAGAGGUAGAAGAUCUUCCAAAAGCAGAAGAGCUACAAAUCGAGUGACUGGAAGAUAUAUUCCAGAAGAAGAAAAAUGCAAAUCGAGUUGGCUUCAGGCUUCGUAUUGUGAAAUUCAUUUCUAAGUGAGGACAGAGGGCUGUGUCAUGGUAACAUCAAAAGUAUCCUUAAACUUUGCAUUGUCUUAUACCUACUGACUUAUAAAAUCAUUAUUGUGGCUUAUAUCUGUCAACUUUUCCUUUUACACAUUCAUGUUGCGAUCAUCCAUUGAUAUUGUUGCUCAUCUGUGAAUUUUUUCAUAUCCGUUUUAAAUGUUGAAAAAAAUUCAACUUCACUUAAAUGAAAUUGAAAAAAGACACUUGUGUAUGAGAAACGCUAUAAAAAUAUGUAAAUAUUUUAAAUGUGAUGUUAUUUCAGAAUGAGUGAGAUCGAGGGCAUUUCCUGAGCAUUAUGUUAAAUGAUCAACUGUACACAAAUGAAUCCUAAUUAUAAGUCCUAAACCCUGAAUCUGAACAGUUGUUCAUUCUUCUGGCUAAUAAGAUGGUGUUUGAGUGAAGAUUUACUUUAAUGCUUUAUUUAGUUCUAUGUUUGUGGUAAUUACAAACCAUAUAUAAAAUACACAGAUACAUUGAGUGCAAACAUGAGAUAAGAUUCUAUGUAAAUAUUUUAUUUUUCAUUUCAUAAUUUAAGCAUAUUUGUUUUGCGAUUGAAAUUGUUCAUUUUGACACCUAUGUUUGAAGAAAAGAAAGACAGGAUCAAUUGUCUUGUCUCAGUUUGUCAACAUCAUAACCUAGGUCUGACAUAUGAUUCUGAAAUUACAUUAGAAUUUUUACCAUCAUUUGAAAAAAUAACACCAGAAAGAUACACUGGAGAAACUUUUCUAGUAUCAUAGAUAAUAAUGUCAGAGCUUAAUUGUAAGAUAAUUCCUGUACCCAUGGUAAAUUACAGCUAUAAAAUAUUGUUAUAAAAAUUAUUUGCUGGUAUGUUCUUGAAUUAAUGAAUUAUAAUUUUUUUUUUUAUCAUUUCAGUUUUUGAUCUUGAUGUAAAUGAAAGUCACUUGUGUGAUUCUGCAGUAUAUGUCUCGAUAGUGUUCUUUUACUUCUAAAAAUUCAAUUUAGCAUCAUAAGGUAAAAUGCCUGAGAGUUUCCAUAUUACGAGAAGGCAUUGAUCCUGACAUAUAUGUAACCUCAACCAAAGUCCAAUAAAAAGAAACUAAGUAUAACUAUGCUUCAAUUAGGAGUAUUUGUUUCAAUAGCCCUUUCCAUAUUUUUAUAUAAAAUUCCUUCACAUUAUGUUCUUUACUUGUCAAAUAUUUAACAUUGCCAGCAUUCUCUUGCAGUUGUGCAAAAUUGACCAGAAUUUUAAUAAUACACAAAAUGAUGUUAUGGUAAAAAUAAAAGAAUGGGGAGAUCGCUAAACAACCAUGCCAACACCACUACGUUAUGAAGAUUUGAUGGAGGUGGUAAAGGGUCUUAUGUUGUCUGGAGAUUUGAUGGAGGCGGUAAAGGGUCUUAUGUUGUCUGAAGAUUUGAUGGAGGCGGUAAAGGGUCUUAUGUUGCCUGAAGAUUUGAUGGAGGCGGUAAAGGGUCUUAUGUUGUCUGAAGAUUUGAUGGAGGCGGUAAAGGGUCUUAUGUUGUCUGGAGAUUUGAUGGAGGCGGUAAAGGGUCUUAUGUUGUCUGGAGAUUUGAUGGAGGCGGUAAAGGGUCUUAUGUUGUCUGAAGAUUUGAUGGAGGAGGUAAAGGGUCUUAUGUUGUCUGAAGAUUUGAUGGAGGAGGUAAAGGGUCUUAUGUUGUCUGGAGAUUUGAUGGAGGCGGUAAAGGGUCUUAUGUUGUCUGGAGAUUUGAUGGAGGCGGUAAAGGGUCUUAUGUUGUCUGGAGAUUUGAUGGAGGCGGUAAAGGGUCUUAUGUUGUCUGGAGAUUUGAUGGAGGCGGUAAAGGGUCUUAUGUUGUCUGAAGAUUUGAUGGAGGAGGUAAAGGGUCUAUGUUGUCUGAAGAUUUGAUGGAGGCGGUAAAGGGUCUUAUGUUGUCUGGAGAUUUGAUGGAGGCGGUAAAGGGUCUUAUGUUGUCUGGAGAUUUGAUGGAGGCGGUAAAGGGUCUUAUGUUGUCUGGAGAUUUGAUGGAGGCGGUAAAGGGUCUUAUGUUGUCUCAACUGCCUUAUUGUUAUGAUAUACUAUUCAAGAUAACUAGGAUAUGUUUUUUACGGAAUUUUUACCCUGGGAACUAAAUUUUUGGUUUGAGUUUAGCAAGGUCUUUGAAUUACCAGUGUUUGAGAUUACAAAGUUCGACAAUGAAUUAAGUCUGUUUGUCUUGGGAUCCUUAUGUUUCACAUAAACCCCUUAAAAGUACUGACUCCUGAUUGUAAUUACUUAAGCAUUGAACGGCUUCCAGUUGGCAUUCAUAUUGACUAUGAAUGCCAACUGAAAGCCGUUCAAUGCUUAUAUUUACCAUCUGCGAUUUUUUAUUUGUCAUGCGAUUUUUUUUUGAAAUUUUCAAAUUCAAAUUUCAGUUGGCAGUUCAUAAGCUGGUGAACUCGCAACUGAAUUGGUAGGGUUUUAUAGUGGCAGUGCCAUACAAUGGUAAAUAUAUACCAGUUACCUGCUUGCCAAACUUACCAGGCCUCUCUAUUGUUCUAUAUUGUAUAAUAUAAAGCUUUCAUUUGACUAAAUCUUUCUUAACAUCAUAACCACGAUCUAUAAGCACACAAGGGGUCUUACUGUGGGAGGAAACUGAAACAUCCAGAUACAAACCCACGGGGUGAUCAGGUGACCUCAUACUACACCUCUGACUGGGAAUGGAACUCUGGUCAUCUAGAUCGGUGAAAAAUGGAUAUGUUGUCACUGUGGCACCAUGCCACCUCAAAUGUCACAGGAACAUUUAUCAGUCACCAAGUAAAAUAUCAGAUGCCAACUACAAUAAAAAAAAAUUAGUAAUUUAACCAUUGUAUGAUAUUUCAAGUGGAAGAAUUCAUAUCGGGGAGGAUAUUUUAAUAUCAUGUUUUAAUAUCCUGUAAUAACCCCAGGGGCCAACACAUAUCCUCUGACUUACAAGUAAUGGGGUUUGUUGCAGGACAGUAGCAUUUGUUGGUAAUUCUAUUGAAAAACAGAAGGUCUUGUUAUUCUUUUAGAAAAAAAUACAUAUUGUAACUACUGAAAAACAAUACUUAUAAUAUUGUAAGUCUUCUAAUGAAAACAAUAGAUAUUGUAAGUCUUCUAAUGAAAACAAUAGAUAUUGUAACUCUAUUGAAUAAUAAGAUGUUGUAAGUAAUAGAGAUUGUGAUUCUAUUGAAAACAAUACAUAUUGUAACUAUUGAAAAACAAUACAUAUUGUAAUUCUUCUAUGGAAAACAAUAGAUAUUGUAAUGCUAUUCAAACCAAUAGAUAUUGUAAUUAUAUUAAAAAAACUAGGUAAUGUGUUCUAUUGAAAAACAAUAGAUACAAAGGGCUUUUUGCUGCAUGACUUUUGUUUGUGCAUAUUAUGUUAGAGGAUGUAGACUGUUUAAUUACGUAAAAACAUCUUACCUUAUAUACAGCUAUUGUAAAUAGUAGUACAUUGUGUAUAUGUAUUGUAAAAAGUAUAAAUGGAGUAUUGCUUUUUGAAAGUAUAAAUAUUGUUUGAUAGAUGUACAUAGUGUAAAUAUGUAUAUUAUAAUGUACAGUGUAAAUACACAUUUUAGCUGGGCUAUAUUGUAAAUACUGUAAAUACAAACAGGCCAUUGUAUAUAGUGUAUAUAAUCCUAUUGUAUAUAUUGCCCUGGUAAAUUGGCGUAUAAUGUAUAGUUUAUUGGUACAGAGUGCCUCAUAGUGCAUAUUAUCUCACCUGCUUUUCAAUGUUAUUUUCAAGGUCUUUUCAGUAAUAUUGUAAAUGUUGUCUAUUGCCAUAUUUAUAUUUGUGUUCGAUUCAUGAAAAAGUGCAGGCGUGGAUCAAUGUCAUGAAAACAAUAAAAGUUUUGAAUCAGGCUGUAGCUUUUCUGCAUUAAAUUCAGAAUAAUAAAUCGGUAAAUGUAGACUGAAGGACAUACCACUGUCCUUGAUCAUCCUCUCCUUGUCCUUGAUCAUCCUCUCCUUGUCCUCGAUCAUCCUCUCCUAGUCCAUCGAUCAUCCUCUCCUUGUCCUCGAUCAUCCUCUCCUUGUCCUCGAUCAUCCUCUCCUUGUCCAUCGAUCAUCCUCUCCUUGUCCUCGAUCAUCCUCUCCUUGUCCAUCGAUCAUCCUCUCCUUGUCCAUCGAUCAUCCUCUCCUUGUCCUCGAUCAUCCUCUCCUUGUCCUCGAUCAUCCUCUCCUUGUCCUCGAUCAUCCUCUCCUUGUCCUCGAUCAUCCUCUCCUUGUCCUCGAUCAUUUUCUCCUUGUCCUCGAUCAUCCUCUCCUUGUCCUCGAUCAUCCUCUCCUUGUCCAUCGAUCAUCCUCUCCUUGUCCUCGAUCAUUCCUCUCCUUGUCCUCGAUCAUCCUCUCCUUGUCCUCGAUCAUCCUCUCCUUGUCCUCGAUCAUCCUCUCCUUGUCCUCGAUCAUCCUCUCCUUGUCCUCGAUCAUCCUCUCCUUGUCCUCGAUCAUCCUCUCCUUGUCCUCGAUCAUCCUCUCCUUGUCCUCGAUCAUCCUCUCCUUGUCCUCCUCGAUCAUCCUCUCCUUGUCCUCGAUCAUUUUCUCCUUGUCCUCGAUCAUCCUCUCCUUGUCCUCGAUCAUCCUCUCCUUGUCCUCGAUCAUUUUCUCCUUGUCCUCGAUCAUCCUCUCCUUGUCCUCGAUCAUCUUCUCCUUGUCCUCAAUCAUCCUCUCUUUGUCCUCGAUCAUCCUCUCCUUGUCCAUCGAUCAUCCUCUCCUUGUCCAUCGAUCAUCCUCUCCUUGUCCUCGAUCAUCCUCUCCUUGUCCUCGAUCAUCCUCUCCUUGUCCUCGAUCAUUUUCUCCUUGUCCUCGAUCAUCCUCUCCUUGUCCUCGAUCAUCCUCUCCUUGUCCUCGAUCAUUUUCUCCUUGUCCUCGAUCAUCCUCUCCUUGUCCUCGAUCAUUUUCUCCUUGUCCUCGAUCAUCCUCUCCUUGUCCUUGAUCAUCCUCUCCUUGUCCUCGAUCAUCCUCUCGUUCAGCUCCACAAUUCAUGAGCAUUUUACACAUUACAUAUUGUGAAUAUAUGCCAUAUACAAAUGUACAUGGAUGAUUCUGGAUCAUGAAUGCUUUUGGAAAAAUUUUGUUUUGUUUAUAUUUUGAAGGAGAUUUUCGAAAAAUCUCAUCAUUAAAGUUAUCCAUAAGGUGUACAUAUAUUCACAUCUAAAAAACUCCCAAAUUGUACACACAAAACCUGUCAAUUAAACAAAAAGAAUAAAUAUUUUUCUGACUGUAUAUGUACAUGCUUAUAUUCUCUAAACAUUACCUGGGUAAAAUAACUGUAUCAGAAGUCUUAGCUGUUGUGUUUGACGUUGUAAAGGUAAACUUGAUUAAGAGUACCGUAUUUAAUGGGAAAAAUUGACGUCAUUGUAUUGUUCAGUUAAGGUGUUGGGAAAUAUGGUCAGGUAUUAGGUUAUAAUAUUAGAAAACUUAAUUAUUUUUCAGAAGUUAAUCUAUUGUUCAAUAUGAAUUAUCUUUUAAACACAUGCUCUGAAAAUGUGAAGGCUAGGCGAUACCUUGGUAUGUGGAUUGAUUGGCAAUGAAAUCUUAGUUAUCAUUAAUAUACAUAUACAAGGUACAUAUUUUUCAACCCUCAGGUCAUUUUUUCUUUUAAGUUUAAUUUAAAUACAGCCUCGUUAAAAAAUAUUCCUGUACGUACAUAUUUUUUUCAGCCCUCAGGUUUAUUUUUCAUUUAAGUUGAAUGUAAAUACAGCCUCAGUAAAAAAACAUCCCUGUGAUUGAUGCCUAUAUUCCUCACUAAUGGUCAAGUUGGAUUUUGUUUUAAGGAUUAGAUGCCAUUGAGUUUCCUGUGAUAUUUUUAGUCCAUUUUAACUGGUCUUUGUGAUGGCCAUAAGUUGUAUGGAAAACAUUCUCUCCUCUCUAACCCUGCAUAAUUGUUAAAUUUCACAGAGCUAAUAUUUCAUGGUUGUCCAUUUGGAACUAGUUGGUAGAUAUUAAAUUUAGUACAACCACACCUUAUAAACACUCUGCAAUAAACAUUUCUGACAUUUGUUUACAUUUAUAUAAAUAUUUUUUAAUCAUUUGUUUGCUAUAUUUUAUUAUCUUUCAUAUUGCAGAAUUCAAUUCCUUGCAAAUAUAAUGUACAUUUAAAUGAUGAUUGUGGUCCUUAUUCAUUUUCAUUAUUAAUAUGUCAAAAUUAUAUAGAAGUGUUUGGGACAAAGGCAAUGCUAUGUAACAUGAGAUAUUUGAUGUUUAUAAGCAUCCAUGGUUUUCAUGGUGGAUAAGGGACCACAAGAGAUAAAUUCAAGAAAAUUGAGUUGAAAUAUUGAAGAAAAAUCAGAAAGUCAAGGUUGAACUUAAUCCAAUUAAAACUUGUCCAGUCUUUAACAUGUGUUUAACAGUAAUACACAGGGUCAGUUGUGAUAUACAGUCAAACUUUGUUAGACCAAAAUAAAUAAUGACUUGGUUCUGAGGGCCUCCCUCAUCUGCUUUGAAGUCCUAAAAAGUUCAUCUCAUAUCUGUAUCCUGGUGGAAUAAAGAUAAUCUCGUUAUUCUUUGGGAGAUGAAUUUGUGGAAGAAAAACAUCACCAUAAAAUCUUUCUCCUGUAAUAUCCAUUAUAUUUAACCAUAAAAUUAGGAAAUUGCAUGUUCAUUAAUGAUGUAAAACAAAGACAAAGAACUGAUAAAUCAUUGUUUCCCACAUUUUGAAGCAGUUUAUAUGAAAAUGGAUAAAAAUUGGUAUGAAAACUAAAAACAAACAUGCCCUCGUCUGUUUUUUUUUUUUUUUUUUUUUUACCAAUAAAAUGAUUAAAAAAAUGUAUUUCCCUCCCUCAUCUUUUUUUUACAAAAAUUGGCCUGAGAACCAGUUACAUGUAAAUACAUUUAUAGAGUCUUAUCUCUAAGUCUUUGUGGCAAUAGAAUAUAAAACUUUUGAGACACCCCGAUUAUUCAAGGGAAAUGAUUACAUGUAUUUCUUCAGUUCUAAAUAAUUUUUUUCUGUCCGAAAUGAAGCUAAGAGUUCAGCAGAGUCUUCGAGCUAUCAGGGUUUGAGAUAACCAAGUUUGACUGUAUUUUGAUAUUAAUAUGGAAAUCACAUUAAAUGAUACACUUAACAUUCUUUAAAAGCUAUUAUGUAAAUAUCAGCAUUAAAUGGUCAGUAUUCUUUGGAGCUGAAAAUACUCUUGGUUUUAAAGUAACAUUGUAGGGAAGUUAUACUGACAGGGUAUGUUUCGGCCAGUAUUUUACAGUAUUUAACUUUCGAUUUAAAUUAUUUCUCUAUUUUUUUUUAGAAAUUUCUUAAGAUGAAAAAUAUCAAACAUUCAAUGCCUUUUUAAGAUGAAAUGCCUCUUCCUAAAUCUAUACUGUCCGAGGUGCAUCUUCACAGUUCAUGGUGCAUUCUCGGCCAUAUUGGCUGUCAAGGUUGUCAGUAUAUGAAACGUCCCUUUGGUAAUGUCCAUGCUGUGAUAUCGCCUAACAAUGCAAUCAUCAUUUCCAUCUACUGAUACACUGUUUUGUGGUUGGUAUCGCUAUUACUGUCUUGGUUAUUUUAUUUUCUUGGUCUUGUGUAAAUAUUCAACAUCACCUCAAAUUCCACAUUAUCAGGUAAACACGUAACUUUAAAACACAUUGAUACAUUUGUGUCUACAUGAAAAGAUAUUAAUUACAAACAUACCUUCACAGAGAUUGUAAUUAAAAAUAAUGUAGCAAUUAGGUAACGUUGACAGGGAUAUCCAUAAUUUUACCAGGGUGAGAUUUUCUUUUCUCUUACCCAGUACGUUGCUGUAUAAACAUGUACAUGCCCAUUUUUGUCAAAUAAAAAGACCCGUCUAUAUCAUAUCUCAA